UCUUCAGCAAAGCGGGUGAUAAGAUCGACUGCUACGUCGCAUUCACUGGAGCAAAGAUGGUACGUUGUCGGCGCUUUACAGAAGACAGUGACCUCAUCACCAAGAUUCUAUUUGUCCUUAGCUUCCUCGUCUGCACAGUAACCUUCAUAAACGGACACCCAAACGCAUUUUCCUUUUCGGAAUCAAGCUGGACUCCGGAGGGUUCCGAAGAUGACGUCAGUUCCCGAUCCUUAUCGUACGAAGAUAUAACACCAUCCGAAGAGAUGGAGGAUUUAGAUACAGAAUACAGUUUAGAUGACGUGGAAGACGAUCUAGAUGAUUUUGAUGAAUACAACUUUUUGACAAACAACAAACGAAAUCCUAAUUCUAGAGCCGAUAAAAGUUUCAGGAAUUUUGCUAACUAUUAUAUGGUUGUAAACUCGAAAGGAGCUGUAGUAGGAACAAAGGACCUGUCCAAGUGCAUGCAGAGCGGUAUAUUUGAGGUAGGAAGGACUCCUACUGGCAAACCAUUUUACUGGAAUAAGAAAAGUCGAAAGUACUUAGCCAUCGACCCGAACGGAAACGUUUACAUGUCGCCAACUCAAAACAGUGACACUGUUAUCUACACAAUCAAUGAUUCCAAAGACUUGAGUAUAUAUUUAUAUCGCAUUGUUGGUCAAAACCAGCGACUAUAUCUGGACCUCUCCCCACAGAGUAGCACGGUUGGACCAGGAAACACCCGCAAUACAACUAAAUUUCGCUCUAGAAAUGGCUUAAAAACCUGUUAACAAGUGUUAGACGUAGUCAAUUUUAAGAACUUUUAGAUUCUAGGACGAGUAUUAAAGACCGUGCGUAUUGGAUUUCACAGUAAGUUAUUUUAGAAAUUAAAGGAACGUUUAAAAUCUUAGCGAAAAACAGUGAAUAUUGACGUAUCUCGCUUUGAGCGACCUGUUUGAUCUAAGAAAGUCUCAGAUUUCUGUUUCUUUGCUAAUCUUUCCCAUUAGCUAGAGAGACCAUCUAGACCUCUUCUUAUAAUAGACAUACACAUAUCAGCUGGACUGUUACAUCUUAAUAAAUAAGCAAACUAUCUUGGUUUUUUUUUUUUUUUUAAAGAGAAUGUAAAACAGCAGGAAGAAAGAGUUUAAAUUGAUCGUAAGAGUUUAAGGAUGGCCUCUCCUGUUCAUUACCGACAAUGUAGAACGCUACCUUACGAUUCACAAUAAAUAUUAUAACUUAAAGAAAAAAAUAGCUAUUUUUUCUUCCAAAACUGCAACCCUAAAAAUAGAAGAUUUCUUAUAUAUUAAGUUAAAUAUAUGCAGCUAACCCUUUCUCCCUGAUUGGAAAAUGUAAAAACCACCAAGGAUCGUUAAGCCAAAUCGUUUCCGCCUCUUCACAAAUCUUGAAUAAACAGCGGCAAUUGUUAUCGCGGGCCUCCAGUUUUAGGACACCGGCUUGCAUCGCGCAACUCGAGAAUGUCAUGUACGUGUUCAAAGCCAGUCUGAGAUCCUUACAUCUCUAUCCACUGAGCUCACCUAACUUAUGCCUAAAAAAAAUUGGACCAUUUUUGGCAACAGAUUUAAGUUAAGAAUGCACACAGAAUAAGUAGAAGACGCGAGAGCCUAACCACAACCUACAACGGCAAAAGACGUAACCUUCCGUUGGGUAUUCUCUAGUUACGAGAGGAAGCAAAGGCUUUAACCAUAAGAAUAUUACAAAGUUAUUUACGGUUUCACCCCCCGAAUUAUGGCUGUCGUCAUUAACCUUUAAACAAUGCCGAAGAGCAAUCGAUUUGGAGCACGCACGAACACUAUCGAACAUUAAUAAUGCCACGAAAUUGAGAGAGCCAGCUAGUAAAGGACGAUAAAGGACUGGGGAGAUACGCGUGAGAUAGUUUGAAGCGAGCUCACUUCGUAAUAUUACGAACAUGUUAUAAGUACAACAGUAGGCUGCUUUGAGAAUUUUACGCUAAAAUUGCUAAGCCUUUAAAGAACAGUGAUACAGAUUUAUAUUAGACUCUAUUCCUCGAAUCAGUUAGGAUAUUGUGAGGCAAGAAAAAUCAAUAAAAUGGAAACAACACACAA